AUGAAAAGCAAAAAAUUAUUGGCAGCUGGGACGUCUUCACGUCAGCAGUAUAGAUCUUCAUCUACAGAUCUUACUCCUCUUCCUGGGAUAGAAAAAUGUGGUCAUUCUACACCAGCUUGCUUAAGAAACUUAUCACAAAAAAGGUUAAGCCCAAAUAAUGGUAAAACCAGCACAAAAUCGACAGUCAAAUUUAGUUUUUUGGCUCAGGAAGUAUUAAAUAAUUCAUUAUCCCCUGCUCAAUAAGCGAACAAAAUCAUUAGAAAAAUCCUUAUUUUUGCCCAAAACCCACCCUCUGUGAUCUAAAAAAAUAAUUUUGAUAUAUAAGUGAUAAUUAGCAUAAUGAAAUCUCUAGCUAAUUCUGUUAAUUUUAAACAAAUUGCAUUUUAAAACAUAAAUUCCACAAAUUAAAUAAAAAUAUUUGCUUUCCAAUAUAUGCGAAUUAGGAUUUUUUUUAAAUUUCAAAAAAAAAUUAUUAUAAAAUUUGUAUAUAAAAAAAAAAUUAAUCCUUCUGUGAGCGAACACAAGUUUUUGUUCGCUCACAGAGAAGAGUUAGAAAUUCCAAAAGAGUGCCCUAAAACUCUCAAGCCAUCUUCAAUAUCCAGGGCUUCAUGUGGAAAAGUCCUAGCAUAUGCCGCAAAUACUGAUAAGGGGUUAAGGAGGAAGAAAAAUGAAGACAGGAUUAUGAUUAUUGCAAGCUUUAGUGAGCCUCAAAAUAAAAUGCAUGAAGCGGCUUGGCCAAACUGUUCAUAUUUUGGAAUCUUUGAUGGACAUGGAGGAGAUGGCUGCUCUAGCUUCUUGCGAGAUAAGUUGCAUCAGUUUAUCAUAGAAAGCCAUUUUUUCCCUUCCUUUCCUCACAAAGCGAUAAAAGAAGCUUUGGAGAAAGCAGAAAAUGAAUUUAUGAAAAUUUCCAAAGAAACAAACGAUAAAUCAGGAUCGUGUGCAGCACAUUAGCAUAAACAUUAAAUAUAGAUUUUGCUUACGUCUCACCCAAGACGAUCUGCAUAGAAGACUCGUUCAGCUGCUAGCGAACCUCCUGGAUAUUUCACCAGAGAUAGCUCACCUCCGGCUUUCGGCCUGAUUUCUUUAAUGCUGCCUCGGAAACAUGGAAUAUGCAGGUUUGGGACUUUAUGGCUGCUGCGUGAGUGAGAAGAUUUCCAGCUAGGGAUAAACUUCCUAACUAAUAUCGUCACCAACUAUACCUAGGGGUAAAAAGUCUUUUGCCCAAAUUCCCGGGAAGACAUAAAGUCUUUAUUGCCAGAUGAGGGAAGCAAAACCUAACCAGAGCACAAAUCUCCAGCACCCAUAGACUGCGUUUCCUGCUCAGUUUGGCUAAAUACCGCAGCAAGGUUCCCAAACUCGAAACAGGUCCAAGCGGACGGUCGGUUUAUAUGUGUGUGGAUUGUGCGCAGUAAUUGCUCUAAUUGUUGGUCAAGUUUGCUAUAUUGCAAAUAUUGGUGACUCAAGAGCACUAAUGAGUGGAUUGUCUGGUAAGCAUGUUUACUCCCUUACUACAGAUCAUAAGCCAGCUGACCCUCAAGAGCAAACCAGGAUUUUUCAGGCUGGAGGCUUAGUUUACUCGACAACUUCAUGAAACAGGUCCAAAGUUUAUCGAGUUUUGCCUGGCAAACUUUCAGUAAGCCGAACUAUUGGAGAUGCUGAUGCAAAAAAUAUUGAAAUGGGAGGAAAUCCUUCUGUUGUGAUUUCAACACCUGAAAUAAGAAAAUUUGAGAUAAAGCCUGAAUAUGAUUUUAUUAUGCUUGGAAGUGUUGACAGGUUAGUUAUUAAGAAUUAUCGAGAAGUUUGCUGUGAUUAUAAAGAACUUGCUCAAUCUGUAAUACUCCCUUCGCCUGCUCACCAGCUCAUAUGACCUCACAAAGGUUGUUCCUGCCGGAUGAGGGCCUGCACUCGCACCCCUGUAGUCGCAUUAUCGUAAUGUAUGUAAACAGAGCUGUCCACCAUCAAAAGGGUUGAUUUUCUGGCUAACUCUUCGCUAACAUGGAAAUCCGUAACCCAGGGCGUAACUCCUAGCUUCACGCAGGAAAUAAUCCCGAUUGGCCAGGAUGAAUCACCAAAUGUUCUGUUUUGCUGAAGACCAUUUCCAACUUCUGGACGCAUUUCCCUCUGAGAUAAAAACUUGGCAUUGGACUAAGGUAUGGGAUCGACCAUCCGGCAUUGUGCUUUACCAAACCAAGAAAAAUCUAUCGGAUACACAUUCCCGAGCGCCAUCAUUCCUUCUCAAGGUCCCUGUGCAUCCUAUGGGAUGCUAGUUGCAGGAGUUAAGAGAGUGGGGCUGCCCAUCAUGCUAUUUUAAUUUGUGUGCUUGGAAGUGACGGCAUUUUUGACACAAUGACAAAUAGAGAUGUCGUUGACAAAGCAUGGGAAAGUAUCGAUGGCUUAAAUGGUGAAUUAACACAAACGAAAUGUGCAAAAGCUGUUGAGGGAGUUAUUCUUGAGAGCUUUAAAAGGCAAACCAGAGAUAAUGUCUCUGCUGUUAUCAUAGCCCUUACUCAUCCCUUUAAUAUUGGAACAAAAAAAUCCUGUUCCAGUUUAAUUGAGAUUAAUUUUUUAAUAUUAAAAAAAAAUUAUAGUAUUUUGAGUUUUAAUAUAUUUUUAUUAAAAAUUAUCUAUAAAAAUUAACUCACCCCAUUAAAUCAAUCAAAAUUAAAUAGUAUAUUUUCUUUCUUAAAUUAAUCAAUAGAUCGCAAUUUUACCAAUAUUUUGUUCGAUUUAAAGGGGAGAAAUAGAACCUUAAUUCAAAACUAA